AUGAAGCCAGAGGAGGAGCCAGAGUACCAGACACCUCCCACCUGCGAUCUGUUCAGCCUUCUGCUGAAGAACAGACGUCCCACUGGAGCUGUCAACGAGGUCUGGCCCGACCUCUACAUCGGAGAUGCGUAAGUGACAUUCUCACUUUGGGGCCUUGAUGCAAUAUGUCGAUCUGAUUGUGAAACUGCUGCUGCAAACAUGCCCAGUACUUGGCCAACUGAUUGGCUAAAAAUAAAUCUGAACAUUUGAAUCACCAGUGAUAACAUUUCCAAACACGUGUUUACAGAGCAGGUCAUUGUGGGAAAAGAGAAGAAGGAAAAAAAACAAACACCAAAAGCUGCAUUUUCUUGUGUUUGUUUACAGUGUUACAGCUCAGAAUAAAAGCCUGCUUCUGAGUCUGGGAAUAACACAUGUGGUGAAUGCUGCACAUGGCCCCGAGCACAUUGACACCGGGCCAUGUUUCUAUGAAGACACCAUCAUACAGUACCAUGGAGUGGAAGCACCAGACAGUCGAGAUUUUGACUUGAGUCCAUUCUUCAGCGAGACAGCUGAUUUCAUUCAACGAGCCCUGAGUCAGAAAGGUACCAGUCUAUCCCACAACAGGCAGAAGAAACACAGUCUAGACUACAUAAAAUCAAUGUUAGAGAGAGUGGAAUGUGAUAAUUCAAUCAAAAUAGUCUGUUUUGAGUGUAAUAAAGCUGAAAAAUUAUAAAAAAUAAAUCUUUGACUGAAGACACUUAGAAUUAUUGUUUGCAUUUGACAGCAAAAUCUAUGCAAAAACAAUCUCUUGAGUAGGAAUGAUAUUAAUACAGUUAAUUUACAAGAUAACAUGAUCAGGACAAUGGGAUAAAAAAAAAUGUACAAGAAAAAAAUCCCAAAUUACAGAUUAAAAGCUAUAAUGUUACAGGAAUAAAGGCCCAAAUUUAUGAGAAUAAAAUCAUGAAUUUACACAAUUAUAGUCUGACUUCAGAGUAGGAAUUUAUAUUUACAAAAUCAUAACAGCUACACAAAAUAAAGUUUUCAGUGAGGUAUAAGUAGGCAAUUUACAACAAUAUUAAAAUGUGUAAUCCAACAAGAAUGAAACAACUGAUUAACAGACUGGAGUUGUAAGUUUAUGAGAAUCAAGCCACAAAUUAAAGGAGUUUGUAAUAUCAUAAAUUUACAAUAUAAAAUUGGACACGUACAAAAUCAAAGUCAUGGAUUAAUGAGAUUAGAGUUAUAAAUUUACUGGAAUAAAACUGUUAAUUCAUCUGAUUGAAGUUGUGAAUUCAUGAGAAUAGAGUCACAAUUUUCCAAGCUCAAAGAUGUAAACUUUCUUGAGUAGAAUUUUGCAUUUAUGAGCUCAAAGUGGUUAAAUUUUAAAAACAAAGUCACAAAUUUACAUGAUUGUAGUCAGAGUAUGAAGGGAAUGAAGUCACCCUUUUAGGGGAUUAAAGCUGAGACAAUAAAUCAGGAUGUUUGUCAUUCUGGAGAGGGGGUCAGAAACACAGCCUGCUGCCUGGACUCAAAUCAGUAAUUAGAGGUUUUUGUUAGUUUGUACUUAAUAAAAAAAGAUAACUAAACAUUCAGUCUUUUCAAUGUUGCCCUAAUCCUCUGUUAAAAUAAGGAAAUAAUAAUGUCUGGACUAAUACGUCCACCACAGUUAAGAUUUGGAAAGAUGGAAGCUCAGAUCUAAAAGGAUAUUGUCUCUCUUCUUUGUGCAGGUAAAGUUCUCGUCCACUGUGCUCGAGGAAUCAGCCGCUCGGCCGCUCUGGUUUUAGCCUUCCUCAUGAUCAAAAAAAGACUCACACUCGUAGAGGCCGUGGAGACCGUUCGCAGGCACAGAAACAUUCUCCCAAAUGUUGGGUUUCUGAGUCAGCUCUGUCAUCUGGACUGUUCUUUGGCCCUGCGGAGAAAAACAACAUAA